UCGAUUUUCUAUGAAUCUGCUAUAAAGAAAACCAAAACAUCAAGACGGCCGUUUUUCAUCGUCGUGAACCGAGUCGCACAGUAUAAUUUGCUUUUCCCGCAUUAAACACUCCCGAAUCUCGACUCGCGGCUCAUGCACUGUCACUUCUUUCUUUUCACAACUUUUACUUUCUGUUUCUCUCUCUAUUUCCGUCUUUCAAAAUUCUAGGGAAACCCUAAGGAUACAAAAAUGAGUGUAUCUAGGGUUUCAUCAGAUCAAAUCUAUGGUGCUCAACGAUCCGGGGCGGGUACUAUUAAGAGGAUCCGGUUAGAGAACUUCAUGUGCCAUAGCAGUCUCGAAAUCGAACUCGGCGAGUGGGUUAAUUUCAUCGCCGGUCAAAAUGGAAGCGGUAAGAGUGCAAUACUGACAGCUUUAUGUAUUGCGUUUGGAUCCCGCGCUAAAGAUACUCAAAGGGCUUCUAAAUUGAAAGAAUUUAUAAAAACUGGUUGCAGUUAUGCUAUAGUGCAAGUGGAAAUUAAAAAUGAAGGAGUGGAUGCUUUUAAGCCAGAGAUAUAUGGUGAUACCAUAAUUAUAGAACGCAGGAUUUCUGACUCUACUAGCUCCACUGUUUUGAAGGAUCGUCAAGGUAAAAAAGUUGCUAGUCGCAAAGAGGACCUUCGUGAGCUGGUUGAACAUUUCAAUAUUGAUGUUGAGAAUCCAUGUGUUAUUAUGAGCCAAGACAAAAGCAGGGAGUUUUUGCACUCUGGGAAUGACAAAGAUAAAUUCAAGUUCUUUUUUAAGGCUACGCUUCUUCAACAAGUUGAUGAGCUUUUACAAAGUAUUAUCAAACAAUUGAAGGAUGCAUAUGCUCUUGUUGACGAAUUGGAGAAUUUGAUAAGACCAAUACAGCUUGAACUGAGUGAGCUGCAAGAAAAGAUUGAAAACAUAAAGCGUGUAGAACAGAUAUCACAAGAGGUGCAGCUGCUAAAGAAAAAGCUUGCUUGGUCAUGGGUGUAUGAUGUGGAUGGGCAAUUGCAGAGGCAAAGGGAGAAAAUUGAAAAGUUGAAAGAACGCAUACCCACUUGCCAAGCUAAAAUUGAUUCAGCAUUAGAUAAGUUGGUGAAGUUGCAGGAACUCUUUUCAAAGAAGAAAGAUCAAGUUGCAGCUUUAGUGGAAAAAACAUCUGAAGUGAGGAGAAGGAAAGAUGAAUUGUGGGAUGCUUUUUGUUUGGCAACAAAAGAAAAGCUUGAACUUGAAGAAGAGCAUGGCCGCAACAGUAAGCAAAUUCAUAAGAUGCGGAAUGAUGUCAGGAUGCUUGAAGAACAAGCCCAUGAUAUUCAGGAGAAACAUAUUAGAAAUACGCAGGCUGAAGAAUCAGAAAUAGAGGAACAUAUUAAGGAACUAGAAUAUGCUGUUGAUCAUGUCAAAUCAAUACUCUCUAGUUUGAAGGAUGACGAGAAUACUUUGUCAGAACAUGUUUCAGCGGAAAUGGAUGCAAUGAAGAAGAUAAAUGAUGAGAUUAAAUGCUAUGAAAAGAAGCAACAUGAGAUUGAUCAUCAAAUUCAUGAGCUUCGUCUACAUCAAACCAACAGGGUUACAGCUUUUGGAGGGGAUGGAGUGCUUCGCCUUCUACGUGCAAUUGAGAGACGUCAUCGCCAAUUCACUAUGCCACCUAUUGGUCCUAUUGGUGCUCAUGUGUUUUAUGAUUAUGCCCUGCAGACAUUGGUCGAUGGUGAUACAUGGGCUCCUGCUGUUGAACAAGCCAUUGGGAAGUUGCUCAAUGCUUUCAUUGUGACAAAUUCUAAGGAUGCUUCUGCUCUUAGAGAAUGUGCAAAAGAGGCAAGAUAUAACUACUUUCCAAUUGUCAUACACAAGUUUUCAAGACCAAGGUUGAUUAUACCAAAUCACUUGCUUCCCCAGACGAACCACCCGACUACUCUAUCUGUUAUACAUUCUGAUAAUCCUACUGUUUUUAAUGUUCUAGUAGAUUCGGGUAAAGCUGAGAGGCAAGUUCUUGUUAAAGAUUACAAUGUGGGAAGAGCAGUUGCAUUUGAUCAAAGAAUACCGAAUUUGACAGAGGUUUUUACCUUAGAUGGGUUUAGAAUGUUUUCACGUGGUUCAGUCCAGACAAUUCUUCCCUCAAAUAAAAGGCUUAGUAUUGGCCACCUUUGUGGUUCUUUUGGUGAUCAAAUUAAGGAGUUUGAAAGACAUGCGUCAAAUGUUCAACAAGAAAUUGAAAAAUGCAAGAGUAGAAAGAGGCAGUCAGAGAAAAAGCUUCAGGAUUUUGGCAGCAGGCUAAUUAAUUUAAAGAGAAGGCGCUUGGGUGUAGAGCGUGAUUUCACAGCUAAGAGCUUGAAACUGCAGGAUGUGCAGAAUUUGCUUGUUGUUGACGCCAGUGUGUUGCCUGAGUCAACUACUAAUGAACUUUAUCAAGAAAUUUCAGAUGUUAAAAUGGAGAUCCAGGGGAAGGAAGCACUGCUAGAAACACUCCGAGAGCGGAUGAAGGAAGCAGAAGAAAAGGCCACAACUCUUAAGUUAUCAUUAGAGAAUUUAGGGGAAUCAACAAAAGGGGAGAUUGAAGCCUUUCAGAAAGCAGAGGAGGAGCUAACAGAGAUAGAGAAAGAAAUAAAUCAUGCUGAAGCGAGUAGGGUCCAUUAUGAAAAUGUAAUGAACAACAAGGUUCUUCCUCCUAUCAAGGAGGCGGAAGCACAAUAUCCGGAUCUUGAAAACAGUCGUAAGGAGAGUUAUAGAAAGGCUUCUGUUAUUUGUCCUGAGAGUGAAAUUAAAGCUUUAGAAGGUUGGGAUGGAAGCACAACUGAGCAACUAAGUGCCAAAUUAAAGAUACUGAAUCAGAGACUCAUGCAUGAGAGCCAUCGGUAUGGGUAUUCGGAAUCCAUUGAUGAUCUUAGGAUGUUGUAUCAGGAGAAAAAACAUAGGAUUUCAAGGAAACUGGAAACAUAUAAAGCUUUUCGGGAAAGAUUAGAUGCUUGUCAGAAAGCUCUAGACUUGCGUUGGAAAAAGUUUCAACGCAAUGCAUCUCUUCUGAGACGCGAGUUGACUUGGCAAUUUAAUGGCCAUUUGGGAAAGAAAGGUAUCAGUGGACAUAUUAAGGUUAGUUAUGAAGAAAAGACCCUUUCAGUGGAGGUUAAAAUGCCUCAAGACGCGUCAAGCAGCAUUGUUCGUGAUACAAGAGGACUUUCAGGAGGUGAGCGUUCCUUCUCGACAUUAUGCUUUGCGCUGGCUCUUCAUGAUAUGACUGAAGCCCCAUUUCGAGCUAUGGAUGAGUUUGAUGUGUUUAUGGAUGCAGUUAGCCGAAAAAUCAGCUUGGACACUUUAGUCGAGUUUGCACUGGCUCAAGGAUCCCAAUGGAUAUUUAUCACACCUCAUGAUAUCAGCAUGGUGAAGCAUGGAGAGAGGAUAAAGAAACAGCAGAUGGCUGCUCCCCGAUCUUGAUUGUGGUGCAAUUAGGCAAAAACAGACGCAGCUGCCAACUAAAUCUUAAAAAUCUAUCACAGGUGAAGUUAAUUGAAUAUCCCAGGACAGAAGACAAAAGGGAAAGGAGUUUAGUUGUGUGCCAAUAUAUUUUUGCCUGUGAUUUGUUUUUUUUUUUCAAGUUUCUCUUUUAGGUUAUUCAUUUCACGCGGAUGAUCACUCCGGCAGACAGCUCAGUAGACUUUAUGACUUUGAGAAGUUUGAUAAUGAAUACAGCAAUCUGUAAGUUUUUCCUAAAGAUUGCUAAGAAUGCCGGGCAGCCUGUCUUCUUUGUUGGUUGUAUUAUGUACUUGUGAUUCAAAAUGUUCAUUUUUAUUAAGUAGUUAUCUACCUUUAUUUGUCAGAAGAAUUCUUCAUUUUCAAAAUUUUUUUAAAUUUUUAAUAUUUGCUUAUAAUAUCAGGUUCGCUCAAGAUUUUUACAUGUAAUGUUUUGAGUAAUGAAAUUGUUUGAUUAAAAAAAUCAUUCUCGAGCCAACAUUAAUGCAAAAUUUUGGUAUUUAUGGUGGAAGUUUAUCUUAGAUUAUG